AUGGUUAAAAUCAUCGCACUCAAAACGCACGACAUCCGCUUCCCCACCACUCUGGACGCUACUGGUUCUGAUGCCGUUAACUUCGGUGACUACUCUGCAGCCGCCACAUAUCUUACCACCGAUGACUCCUCUCUGAAGGGUUACGGCAUGACUUUCACCAAUGGGAGAGGAACUGAGGUGGUUUGUGCUUGCAUCAAUGCUCUGAGCUCGUGGGUAAUCGGUCGCGAACUGGAAGAAAUCACUGCCAACUUUGGCAAGUUCUGGCACAAAUUGGUUAGUGACGAUUCUCUCCGCUGGAUUGGUCCUGAAAAGGGUGUUAUACACUUGGCUACUGCCUCGAUCUUCAAUGCGAUUUGGGAUUUGUGGGCUAGAAAGGAGGGAAAGCCGGUUUGGCGCUUGGUGGCAGACUUCACUCCAGAGCAGCUGGUUAGCACCAUUGAUUUCAGCUGGAUCGCCGAUGUGAUCACCCCAGAAGAGGCGAUUCAAUUGCUCAAGGACUCUUCUGUUGGAAAAGCUGGCAGGAUAGAGGAUGCUAUCAACAACGAUGCAGUUCCUAUAUAUUCCACCACGGCAGGUUGGCUGGGGUACACUGACGAGGUGAUGGUAAAUCUUCUUCAUGAAGAUCUGGCCAAUGGUCAUGUAAAUUUCAAAUUCAAGGUUGGUCAGGAUCUCGCUGAAGAUAAGAGAAGAUUGAGUUUGGCCAGAAAGAUUAUUGGAGACAAAACCCUCAUGAUCGACGCCAAUCAGGUCUGGGAUGUGAAUGUGGCAAUUGAAUGGGUAAAAGAGCUUGCAGAGUUCAAGCCAUGGUUCAUUGAAGAGCCAACAUCACCAGAUGAUUGUGUCGGGCACAAGACCAUCAGAGAUGCACUAAAGCCUUAUGGAAUAGCUGUUGCUACCGGUGAAAUGGCACAGAACAGAGUUAUCUGGAAGCAACUAUUUCAGCUGGGUGCAAUUGACAUUGCACAGGUUGAUGCAUGUAGACUAGGUGGCUUGAAUGAGGUGCUGUCUGUUCUUCUGAUGGCUAAAAAGUUUGGAGUUCAGGUUUGUCCUCACUCCGGUGGAGUCGGACUACCAGAACUCACGCAACACGUCGCCACUAUCGAUUACGUGGUUUUCAGUGGUAAGAAGUCUAUGCUGGAAUACAUUGGCCAUCUCCACGAAAAUUUUUAUGAUCCAGCAUUGGUUGAAAACGGUUAUGUGAUCACGCCGAAGGUUCCAGGAUAUUCGGUGCAGUUCAAAGAGGAGUCUUUGGCAACGUACGAGUAUCCUAACGGUUCCUUCUGGACCUCUGAGGCUGCUAAGCCAAUCGUGAACAAGAAGCCACCACUCAAGUUUAUAUAA